CUAACCAUGGAUCCGUACCAUCAACAAAAGACAUCAACAAAAAGCCUCUUUAUUGGGGGCGCCCUCGCUGCGACAAUUGUAUUUCUCUUGUGGAAUGGCUUCACUUCAUCAGCCCCCGCGGCAGUAACGAAGGCCACCGUCUUCGUUAGUGGGGACUCCAAAGUUACCGGAAAGGUUACGUUUGAGCAAGCCUCGCCGGAUGCGCCAAUGGUGGUGACCGGGUCACUGGAGGGCCUCGACCCGUCAGCGUCGCGUGGGUUCCAUAUUCACCAAUUCGGAGACCUGAGCGAAGGAUGCAUCUCUGCCGGGCCUCAUUUUAAUCCUUUUGGGAAAAAUCAUGGCGCACCUACUGAUGCGGACAGGCACGUUGGUGAUCUGGGCAACAUCAAGUCUGACGAAGUCGGAGCAGCAGUAUUUUCAUUCAGCGACAGUCUCAUUUCUCUUAAUGGUCCUCUGAGCAUCAUUGGGCGUGCCGUUGUUGUACACGCGGGCACUGAUGACCUAGGCAAAGGAGGUAACGAAGAGUCUCUUAAAACUGGCAAUGCAGGCGGUCGUGCUGCUUGCGGUGUCAUUGGUCUCUUGUAAAUAAUUGAACUAUAUGCACAAGGUGUAUUUCAGAUAUUGAACCAUGUUUCUUUUGCUUCAGAUAACAAUGGACUAGACUUACUCCCACGACUUAUGACUGGCUGAUAACGAGCGAUGGCCAUUCCUUCUAGAAUUUGUUAUACCUUUUCGUACGACAUUCGUUCCAUAUCAUGAGACCUCAGAUGUCGGCAUUCGUUGUUAAGCUGACUCAGAUAUAUUUGGAGCG